AUGAGCGCGCGAUGGUGGAGCGACGUGCGACUGCGCACGCUCGUCCUCGUCAACGUCGCCGCGAUCGUGGAGAGGGCUGACGAGUCGCUGCUGCCGGCCGUGUACAACGAGGUGGGGCGCGCCUUCCACACCCCCCCAGGGACCUGGGCGCGCAAACCCUCGUCCGCGCAUUCAUGCAAGCACUUCUCUGCCCUCCGCUGCUCUUCAUUCGCCUUUCUCCCCUCCCCCCAUUCCCCCCUCCCCCCCUUGCACAGGGACCUGGGCGCGCUAACCCUCGUCCGAGCGCUCAUGCAAGCACUGCUCUGCCCACUCGCACCAUGGCUCUCCCUCUACCUGCCCCGCGUCCACGUCAUCGCCACGGGCGCGCUCAUCUGGGGCCUUGCCACGCUAGCAGCCCACUCCUCCGCUCCACCUCCCUCGUCUCCCCUCUCAUCUCCCCACUCGUCUCUCCCACUCACCUCACCCCACCCUCCUCCUCCCUCCUCCCCUUCCUUCCUCUCAAACCUCCUACACGUGCUCCGCACGCCCUCGUUCCUCAUCAUAUUGCAGUUUUGGGGGGCUUUUCGCGGGCUGGUUCGGCGAUUGGAUGAACGCCACGUGGCGCGAUUCUGGCCGUGUGAUCUGCGCUCAGAUCAGCGCCGGAUUCGGCGGGUGGUGAUGUCGACGGUGCUGCUGAGGGUGGUUCCGCAGGACGCCCGGUUUUUCUGGGUGUAUUUUGCGGUGCUGGUGGUGAUGGGGUUUAUGAUCUCGUGGAACGACGCGGCAGUCGAACAACCCCAUAUUCGCGGCAAUAGUGGCUCGGCGCGCCUGCGAACAGACAUCUACGCACUGGACCGUGCAUGUGAGAUGUCUGUGGCAGCCUUCGCACCGCCCACUGUCGGCUUCCUCGGCCCAGGCCUGCUUUCGGCUUCCACCCCUCCUCCCGUCCCCCACCCCACCUGCCGCCGCUCCUGCCCCUUCCCCUCCUGCUUCCCCUGCCACUCCUCCUCUUGCUCCGCCCGCUCCAUCUGCGGCUGA